GCCGACCGCAGUAGAGGUUCUCUCGCAUGCGUCUGCUUCUUUCUUCCGGGGUUAGGCGUGUAGAACCCAACUGCAUGGGUUCACCGAGGGUACACUGGUCUUGACAGAGCGAGGAAGCUGAGGCCAAUUUAGCUCUCUUGUCUAUGGGCUUUCUGGCCCUGAGGAGGUUGUCCAAUCUGAUGGUCAGAGCAAUUAACUGAUCUAAGUCCAGAUCAUCAUCACGGCAGGCAAUUUCACACUGAAGUUCCAGGGAAAGACCUCUGUGAUAAACAGAGUCCAAAACCAGAGGGAGUAAGCAGUAGCUGUCUCUUUUCUUUGCUUAAUGUCCAUGAGCUGAUCUCCAGGAUCUUUACCGUCAAUGACAUGGUGAAAGAUGUCACGUAGCAACCGGGUGAAGGCCUCGUAUGAGUGGAAAGGUAAAGAGCCCCCUGACCAGAUCGCUGCAAGCCACUCCAAGGUCUCAUCAGACAGCAGGGAGCACAGGAAGGAGACCUUGGCUUCUUCAGAGGGGGUAAAUGUUGGCCUGUUGAAGGAGGUACAGCUGGCAUUGCGCUAGAAACCCAUUACAGUGUUCUGGUCUGCUAUUAAACUUAUCUGGCAAGGAAAGGCUUGGCCCAGUCAUAGGCGUGGAUGACAUGGAGGAAUGUUCAAGCGUGCUUGACAGUUUGGUGGAAGAUGGCUGUGUAGGUGAAGAGUUAGCUACCGGGUUGGCUAGCAGUUGUUCCAUGAUAGCCUCAGUAGCUGUCGUCAUGCAAUAAAGCUGUCUCCCAUGUUCCAACAAUGUGGCUGUAAAUCCGGAAGGAUUUGACAGAGUGGGAAUGUCCGUUGCUGGAUCCGAGUGAGGCGAAGUCUUCUGUAACGGAGGAGCUGAGGCGAGUGGAUCCAUGUGCAACUUGAAUUUAAUAGCAAUAGUAGCAGAGAUAAGGGCAAGGCAAAAUGUAGUCAGGAGACAGGCCAGGGUCAAACGUUGGAGCGAGGCAGGAGACGAAAAACAGGCAAGAGUCAAAACACAGGCAGGCAGGCAAAAGUAGGAAUGCUCAGAAUGACUGAAUAUACAGAGAAACAGAUCAAGACUUCGCAGGGAGCAGAGUGAGGAUCAGGAAUAUAUACAGCACUGAUGAUAAUGACAAACAGCUGGUGGUGACAGGAAAAUGGCGGCUGAUGCAUGAAGGGAAUUGGAGUCCAGGAGGAUGGCAGAUCCAGUUAAUACUCAGGUGAGGGCUCCCUCUGGUGGUUGGAGAAGGACAUGACUGGCUGGGCCCUAUGUCAGAUAUUUUGUCAAAUUAAAACUUCUUCAAAAAUUUCAACAUCAAAAAUAGUUAAAAAUCAUAGAAAAAAAAUUAAUAAAUAAAAAUAGUAAAACAAUUUUUUUGUUUUAAAAUGAUUUUUAAAAAGCAGUUUACAUUACAACAGUGAUUCUGUAAUAUGUAUGUGUCAUGCAUUUGUAAUAUGAAUUACACUAAAAAUAACUUCAGAAUUAUCAUGUCUUGAUUUGAUUGGAGGAACACAGUCUACCUCAGAGAACAAGACCGUUUAUUAGAGUAUAAAGCACUGCCUCACAUCAUUUUUGGUUUUUAAAAAUACGUAUAGGUAUGUAUAUCUGCAUAAAGUAGCUGGUCAGUUUUGGUCAGUGAAGGGAUUAUAGAAUUUCAGGACCAGUGGAUUUGAAAUGCUUUGUAAACAUGAGUCCCUGCAUCUCUGUAAUGUCACUGUUUGUGGUUAUUGUGAGGAUCCUAGCAGAAGAAGAAACUGCUGUCUGUGAAAUGUGGGGCAGCCCAGAGUUUCCUUUGCUGUUUAAGUCAGGAGAUAUUAUGAUUGGAGGAGCUUUUUUUGUGCACUCUCAAGUUUCUGCCUCUUCAGUCACUUCAAGCGAUGCUCCAGAUCCUCUAAUUUGCACCAGACUGAACUUCAGAGAGUUCCGUUUUGCUCAGACAAUGAUUUUUGCCAUUGAGGAGAUCAACAACAGCAGCUCUUUACUGCCCAACAUCUCGGUUGGUUAUAAAAUAUUUGACAGCUGUGGUUCAACUCUGCCUUCAACACGUGCAGCCUUGGGUCUGAUUAACGGACAGGAAAGGACUUUUGGAAAAAGCUGCUCUGGUCAGUCAACCGUUCAUGCCAUCGUUGGAGCCACUAAGUCCUCUUCGACCAUUGUCUUGUCACAAAUUGCCGGGAUUUUUCAAAUACCAGUGAUCAGUCACUUUUCUACAUGUGCAUGUCUCAGUAACAGAAAGGAGCACCCCUCUUUCUUCAGAACCAUCCCCAGUGACUACUAUCAGAGCAGAGCACUGGCUCAGCUGGUAAAGCACUUCGGAUGGACAUGGGUCGGUGCAGUGAGAAGUGACAAUGACUACGGCAAUAAUGGAAUGGCAACUUUCAUUGAAGCUGCAACCCAGGAGGGGAUUUGUGUUGAAUACUCUGAGGCCAUCUCAUGGACUAGUUUAGAUGAACAGGUCGAGAGGGUGGUCAGAGUAAUCAAAACAGGCACUGCAAAAGUUGUAGUUGCCUUUCUUGGCUAUGAUGAAAUGGAUAUACUGCUCGAAGAAGCUUUGAGACAAAAUAUAACUGGCCUGCAGUGGGUAGGAAGUGAAUCCUGGAUUACAUCAAGUAAUUUGGCUCUAAGAAAAUAUUCUGGAAUACUGACUGGCUCUAUAGGAUUUGCCAUAAAGAAGGCAAAAAUCGCUGGUUUGCAGGAGUUUCUUUUACAGGUUCACCCAAGUCAAGACCCUCAGAAUCACAUACUGAGGGAGUUCUGGGAAGAAACAUUUGGCUGCAGUUUCCAGCCAAGUCUGCAAGGAGUAAAGCAGUGCUCUGGAUCUGAGAGACUACGAGACAUAAAAAAUCCUUUCACUGAUGUGUCAGAGCUGAGAAUAUCUAAUAAUGUAUACAAAGCUGUAUAUGCUGUAGCUCAUGCAAUGCACAGCAUGCUAAAAUGUGGAGAAAAGAGUGAAGAAGUUAACAUGUCAUGUACCUGGAAAAGCAUUUUGCCGCCAAAAGAAAUUGCCAAACAUAUCCAGGAUGUGAAUUUUUCUCUUCAAUCAGGAGAGAAAGUGUACUUUGACGAAAGAGGAGAUCCUCCAGCGACCUAUCAGUUGGUGAACUGGCAAAAGAACUCCGCAGGAGACACCGUGUUUGUGACUGUAGGGAGCUAUGAUGCCUCACUUCCAGAUGGAAAGCAGUUUACAAUAAAAGAGAUGAAUCUCACAUGGUUUGGAGAAUCUAAACAGAGGCCAAUUUCUGUCUGCAGUGAGAGUUGCUUUCCUGGUUUCCGACAGGCUGUGAUUAAAGGCAAACCCAUUUGUUGCUUUUCCUGCAUCGCUUGUGCGGCUGGAGAGAUCAGCAAUUCCACCAAUUCUGCAGAGUGUUCUCCGUGUCCACUGGAGUAUUGGUCAAAUGAAGAUCAUAACAAGUGUGUUCCAAAGGUGAUUGAGUUCCUGUCUUAUGAAGAGACCAUGGGUGCCCUCCUCGCUGGUUUCUCUUUGUUUGGAGCAAGUUUAACUCUCGUUGUGUCUUUUGUCUUCUUCUGGUUCCGUCACACACCUCUGGUCAAAGCCAGUAACUCUGAGCUGAGCUUCUUGCUGCUGCUCUCCUUGACUUUAUGUUUCCUGUGUGCUCUGACCUUCAUUGGUCAACCCACUGACUGGUCCUGUAUGUUGCGCCAUGUAGCAUUUGGCAUAACCUUUGCUUUGUGUAUUUCAUGCAUUUUGACUAAGACCAUAACGGUGGUGAUUGCCUUUACAGCCAAAAGACCAGCCAACACAGUUCCUCAGUGUUCUGUGUUGUUACAAAGAAUGGGUGUUCUUGGUGGCACUUUUCUGCAGGUGUUGAUUUGUGUGGUGUGGUUAACUCUGGCACCACCCUUUCCUCACAAAAAUACAGUUUAUGCAGCAGAAAGGAUAAUUCUAGAGUGUAGCUUAGGGUCAUCUAUAGGGUUUUGGGUUGUGUUAGGGUAUAUUGGCCUUCUGGCGGUAUUAUGCCUGAUCCUUGCUUUUUUAGCUCGAAAGCUGCCUGACAAUUUCAAUGAAGCAAAAUUCAUCACAUUCAGCAUGUUGAUAUUUAUUGCAGUCUGGGUCACAUUUAUCCCAGCAUAUGUGAGUUCUCCUGGAAAAUUCACUGUAGCUGUAGAAAUCUUUGCAAUUUUGGCCUCCAGCUUUGGUUUGCUUUUCUGUAUAUUUGCUCCCAAAUGUUACAUUUUAUUGCUAAAGCCAGAGAGGAACACUAAAAACCACAUGAUGGGGAGAAAUCAAGCCAUUCAGGUGGCCAACUGGAAAUAUCAAGGCUGUUGA